AUGUCGCUGAGCCCCAAACCGCACCACCACCACCAUCACAACCAUCACGCCGCGCACACAACACCGUUCUCUGUUACCGACAUACUCAGCCCAAUCGAGGAGUACCGUAAGCUCGAGCUGUGCGGAUCGCCUUCUCCGUACCACAGGUCCAGCACGGCCGGUAGCACCGGUGGCAGUGCCUCCGGAAGCCCAGGAGCCAUGUCCGGCGGUGGAGGUAACAACAACAACAAUAAUAAUAACGUCCCUGGAGCGGUCCCGGCCGCGGCCAGCUGGCACGUGCACCCGCAAUUCCCGGCGCCGCCGCCGCCACCACCUCAAUAUUGUCAGCCGGACAUGGUGACGUCGUACGGGAAUUCAGCCACGUGGUACGGGGCACCAGCCAACGACCCACGGUUUGCAAUAUCCAGAUUGAUGGGCUCGUCAAACACCCCGAUGAAUGGUAUGACAAACAUGGAAUGCGAUAUCAAACCACCUCUACAGUUUCCACUUACCCAGAGACGAAAGCGGAGAGUGCUGUUCACUCAGGCUCAAGUUUAUGAAUUAGAACGGAGGUUCAAACAACAAAAAUAUUUAUCAGCUCCGGAACGAGAACAUUUGGCUAGUCUAAUUCAUUUAACUCCCACACAGGUAAAAAUAUGGUUCCAGAACCAUAGAUACAAGUGUAAACGUCAGGCGAAAGAAAAAGCUAUGGCUGAACAGAAUGCCCAAAAUCAGACUCAGAGUUCGCCACGACGAGUGGCCGUGCCCGUUUUAGUGAAAGACGGCAAACCGUGUUCAGGUACGUCAGACGUGUCCGGCCAACAGUCUGCGCCCGGCGGUAACAAUUGCAACGGCCACAGUCCCGCUAUGCACCACGGUGGCCACGUACCAGUCCCCGUCCACCCCCAUCACCAUGGGCACCAUCACCAUCACGGGUCGCCCAACGUCGGGCACCACCAGCAACAGCACCAACCACCGCAACACCAGUUGCUGACCAACACCUCGAUGCCGUACCCAAGACAAAACGUUGGUCAGCAUCACCAUCAACAGCAAAACAUGUCCUAUUUAUCAAUUCAAGGACGUGCGUGGUGA